AUGAGGAUUUUGAUGCUUGGCUUAGACGCCGCCGGAAAGACAAGCCGAUCGUUGCCACCGAUCCGGACGGUGGGCUUCAACGUGGAGACCGUCACCUACAAGAACGUCGAGUUCAGCAUUUGGGACGCUGGCGGUGAGGACAGGAUUCGGUCCCUUUGGAAGCACUACUAUACGGGAACUCAAGGCCUCAUCUUUGUGGUGAACUCGGCGGACAGGGAUCGCAUCGAUCAGGCGCGACAGGAGUUCCAUAAGAUUGUCAACGACCCCCAGAUGAGGGAAGUGAUUAUCCUGGUGUUGGCCAAUAAACAGGACUUACCCGACGGUACGUGCAAGCCGUUUGUCACUCAUAACAAACUGUUGAUAUAUCGAGGAAUAACAAUGAAACCGCAAGAAAUCCAGGACAAGUUGGGACUGUCGGUCACGAGUCUGGGGCACCGGAAUUGGUACGUCCAGCCCGCCUGUGCCAUCACUGUGGACGGCCUGUUCGAGGGCCUCGAGUGGCUUAUGUCCAAUCGCAAGACUUAA